AUGACUGACGUCCCACCAACCGAGUCCAUUCCCAAACCAGAGGAACCUAAAGAACCACAACAGUCUCCUCAGCAACCUCAGUUCCAGCAAGUACCUCCGAAUUACUACCAAUUUCCACCUCAAGGUUACUACCCACCACAAGGCUUCCCGAACUACCCUCCUCAGCCUAUGCCUUACUUCCCCAACCCUUGGUUGUUCCAGCAAGCUCCACCCCAGCAAUUCCAAUUCCAAUUCCAAUCUCAAUCGAAGAGAGACCAAGACUUCGAAGAAGGUCUGAACCGCUUACGCAAAGAGUAUGCUACAGCUCCAAUUGAGAGAAAGUUGUUCCCGGACCAAAAAAUAAUGUUUAGGGUAGAUGGUUAG